UCUUGCCUGUGCCUCUCUAUGGACGGCCGGAGGGGAGAAGAGGAAACGGGGAUUGUUGUCGUCGGGACCACAGCGCUUUUUUACCAGGGCCUAGCCAUGAUUUAAUCACGGAAAAACACGGGGAGCAGGGGGGAAGACACGGAGAAGGAGAAAAACGACGGGAGAGAGGAGAGAAGAGAGAGGAGAGAAGAGCAGCCUCGUAAGCCGUAGGAGAUGUGCGGUCGGGCCGAGAUUGCGGCGGUAUCCCUGUCUAGGCCUGGACUGAGCAGAUUGUUCUGAGAGGAAACGGAUAACAAACAGGGGAAGUGAACAUGGCUGGGACCACAGGCUUCUUUUCCAACGGACCUGGCCCGUGGAUGGACAACGACACGGAGAUGAACAACCUGUACCGAGACCUGGAGCUGGGCACAGUACUGACACUGUUUUAUUCUAAGAAGUCCCAGCGACCAGAGAGAAGGACAUUUCAAGUCAAGCUUGAGACCAGGACAAUUAUCUGGACUCGGGGCACGGAUAAAAUAGAAGGAGAGAUUGACAUUCGAGAAAUCAAGGAGAUCCGUCCUGGACAGAAGUCACGGGACUUUGAGCGCUAUGUGGAGGACUCGGCAGCGCGGCUGGACCAGGCUCACUGUUUUGUCAUUCUGUAUGGCACCGAGUUUCGCCUUAAAUCCCUCAGCCUGGCAGCAACGUCUGAUGAGGAGAUGACCAUGUGGGUGAAAGGGUUAAACUGGCUUGUGGCUGACACACUGAAGUCUCCGACACCGCUCCAGAUAGAGAGGUGGUUACGCAAGCAGUUCUACGCCGUUGAUCGCAACAGAGAAGACAGGAUAUCCUGUAAGGAUCUGAAGAGCAUGCUGAGCCAGGUCAACUACAGGGUGCCCAACAUGAAGUUCCUCCGAGAGAAACUUCCGGACUCUGAGUUGAGGAACGGAGACGUGUCCUUCAGCCAGUUUGCCCAGCUCUAUCGCAGCCUCAUGUUUGAUGCUCAGAAAAAUAUGGAGAUCCCGUUUCUACAGAGGUUCAUUGACAGACCAGAACAGAAAAUCUCCCUAGAGGACUUCAAAAGCUUCCUCAUGGAGUCUCAAAAGGAAAUGUGGGUCACAGACAAAGACAAGGUUCAAGAGUUUAUGUUCGGCUACAUAAAGGACCCCCUGAGAGAAGUGGAGCAGCCUUAUUUCCAGCAAGACGAGUUCCUGACGUACUUGUUCUCCAAAGAGAACACCAUCUGGGAUUGCACCCUGGACCAAGUGUAUCCUGAGAACAUGAACAAUCCCCUGUCCCACUACUGGAUCUCCUCUUCGCACAACACUUACCUGACUGGAGACCAGUUUUCCAGUGAGUCGUCCCUGGAGGCUUACGCUCGCUGUCUGAGGAUGGGCUGCCGCUGUAUUGAAUUGGACUGUUGGGAUGGUCCAGAUGGAAUGCCAGUCAUCUACCACGGGCACACCCUCACAACAAAGAUCAAGUUCUGCGAUGUCUUGACCACCAUCAAGGAGCACGCUUUCGUCACAUCUGACUAUCCCAUCAUCCUGUCCAUUGAGGAUCACUGUAGUAUUGUCCAGCAGAGGAAUAUGGCCACUCACUUUAAGAAGGUGUUUGGAGAAAUGCUGCUGACCAAGGCGGUGGAUAUCGCAGCAGAUGGCCUGCCCUCACCCCACCAGCUCAAGAGGAAAAUCCUCAUCAAGCAUAAGAAGCUUGCAGAAGGCAGUGCCUACGAGGAGGUGUCCACUUCCACUCCCUACUCAGAAAACGAUAUCAGCAACUCCAUCAAAAAUGGCAUCCUGUACCUGGAGGACCCCAUCAACCAUGAGUGGUACCCUCAUUUCUUUGUCCUGACCAGCAGUAAGAUCUAUUACUCAGAAGAGACCUCCAAUAACCAGGGUAACGAUGACGAAGAGGAGCACAGAGAGGUGGCCAACGGUAUGGACCAGCAUGUGACAGAGAAAUGGUUCCAUGGGAAGUUGGGCGCAGGACGGGAUGGACGGCAGAUAGCAGAAAGGCUCCUGUCUGAGUACUGCCUGGAGACUGGAGCUCCUGAUGGCUCCUUCCUGGUCCGAGAGAGCGAAACCUUUGUGGGAGACUACACGCUGUCCUUCUGGCGUUCAGGGCGCGUUCAGCACUGUCGUAUUCAUUCCCGUCAAGAGGCAGGCAGCCCAAAGUUCUACCUGACUGACAACCUGGUGUUCGACACUCUGUUUGCCCUAAUUACCCACUACCAGCAGGUGGCGCUGCGCUGCAACGAGUUUGAGAUGAAGCUCACUGAGCCCGUGCCUCAGACCAAUGCACACGAGAGCAAAGAGUGGUACCAUGCCACCCUCUCAAGGAGCCAUGCAGAGAACAUGCUGAUGAGGGUUCCUCGUGACGGUGCUUUCCUUGUCAGGAAGAGGAUAGAAGCAAACUCAUACGCCAUCUCCUUCAGGGCUGAGGGUAAAAUUAAGCACUGUCGCGUGCAGCAGGAAGGUCAGACUGUGGUGCUGGGCACUUCUGAGUUUGACAGCCUUGUAGAUCUUAUCAGCUACUAUGAGAAACACCCUCUGUACCGCAAAAUGAAGCUGCGCUAUCCCAUCAAUGAGGACACACUGGAGAAAAUAGGCACUGCUGAGCCAGACUACGGGUCACUGUAUGAGGGCAGGAAUCCAGGCUUUUAUGUGGAGGCCAACCAAAUGCCUACAUUUAAGUGCACGGUGAAAGCCAUGUACGAGUACAAAGCCCAAAGAGACGAUGAGCUCUCCUUCACAAAGAACGCUAUCAUCUCUAAUGUGGACAAACAGGAAGGAGGAUGGUGGAAGGGUGACUGUGGAGGAAAGAAGCAGUUUUGGUUUCCUGCUAACUACGUGGAGGAGAUCAGUCCAUCAGCGGCGGAGCCUGACAGAACUCAGGAGAUGACAGAGAACAGCCCUCUGGGAGAUCUGCUGAGAGGAAGUGUGGAUGUCUCUUCCUGUCAGAUUGUCGUGCGCACUGAUGGGAAAGGCAGCAGGCCUCACGUCUUCUCACUGGUGCCGAAUACUGCCAUGCGGUCGGGCACAGUGCUGGACGUCGCUGCAAGCAGCCCAGACGAACUGAAGGAGUGGGUGGUCAAGAUCCGCGAGGUCACUAUGACCUCAGAGGCCAAGCUGGAGGAGGGGAAGAUGAUGGAGAGGAGAAAGAAGAUUGCACUGGAGUUAUCGGAACUGGUCAUCUACUGUAGGCCUGUGCCGUUUGAUGAAGACAAAAUUGGCACAGAGCGAGCCUGUUUCCGGGACAUGUCAUCUUUUCCUGAGACCAAGGCAGAGAAGUACGUCAACAAGAUCAAGGGAAAGAAGUUCCUGCAGUACAAUCGCCUACAGCUGUCCAGGAUCUACCCCAGAGGCCAGAGACUAGACUCCUCUAACUACGACCCUCUGCCCAUGUGGCUCUGUGGGUCCCAGCUGGUAGCGCUCAACUUCCAGACAGCAGACAAGCCCAUGCAGAUGAACCAGGCUCUGUUCAUGCUGAAUGGAAAGAGCGGCUAUGUCCUUCAGCCGCCCAUCAUGAGGGACGAUAACUUUGAUCCUUUUGAUCGUCACACGCUACGAGGCCUUGAACAAGUCACUCUACAGAUAGAGGUUUUGGGCGCCCGGCACCUGCCCAAGCAUGGACGAGGCAUAGUUUGUCCUCUGAUCGAGAUCGAGGUGUGUGGUGCGGAUUAUGACAGUGCCAAGCAAAAAACUGACUCAGAAGCUGAUAACGGUCUGAACCCCACGUGGCCCCGAAAGCCGUUCGAAUUCACAGUGUGCAACUCUGACUUUGCCUUCUUGCGUUUUGUGGUCUAUGAGAUCGACAUGUUCAACGACCAAAACUUCCUGGCUCAGGCCACGUUCCCCAUCCACAGCCUGAAGACAGGUUACCGGUCAGUACCUCUGAAGAACAGCUACAAUGAGGAUCUGGAGUUGGCUUCAUUGUUAGUCCACAUGGACAUAAUCAGAGGACGGGAUGAAAAUGGAGAGGUUCUGAGCCCGUUCCUCGCCAUUGGGGCCACAUCAGUGGCCGCAUCAGCUCAAGUCGGACGGGAACGUUUGGGGGAUCUGAGCUCAGUGUCCUCGACUUCCUCCAACAUGUCUCCUCUGCCCCAGUCGCCAGCGCAGGCCAUGGCCUACAGAGGGAGGGAGGGCUCCUUUGAAUCUCGCUACCAGUCUCCUAUAGAGGACUUCAGGGUGCCCCAGGAGGCACUGUUGGACCACAUGGACCCGCAGAACAGAAGGUAGGAUGUUGCGGAGGACCAGAGUGGGCGGAGAGAACCGUGUCUAAGUCCAAGCCAAUCAGGACGCAUUUUUGUUGCACCCCUUGCCGCCCCCACCCUCCUCCCCCUCCCUCCUCACCCAGUCGCCUCUCCCUGUACUGAUGAUGUCACUGACUGCUGUGAACACUGUUUCCAUGGAAACGCCCACCACCGCUUUGGCCUACAUUUCAGGCAGCUCUCCCUCCCUCUGUUCUCCAACCGCCCCCACCCCACCUCCCUCUCUCUCUCCCCGUGCCCCUCCCUGCCGCCCAGCCUCCUCACCACUGAUUAGAAGGAGGGACUCGGACAUAAGAGGAGGGGGCGGGGGGGCACUGAGAGGAAGCUGACCGCUGCUGACAGGAAGAAGAAAAAGACAUUCACAGGAGAACAAACACAAGAUGAAGAUGUUCCAGCUCUGGACUGGUCGCUUGCGGGUCGUCCUCUCUUGUGUUUUUAGGUGUGCACAACAGCUGCUUAGAGGAGGGAAAGAGAGAGCUAUAAAAGGUAUCAGUUUGAAACUGUUUCCCGGUUAAGUUACUUUGCUCUUCUCUAUUUGGCGUAUAUGAAUAUAUAUAUUUAUUCCUGCUGUGCUGUUGGCCAGAGAACAGCAGCAGCUGACCUGCUCUCAAAGAGCUCCUGUCUCCAUGUUUUUAAUUAUUAUAAUUAUUUAAACCUUUAAAUAUUCAUAAUGUGACCUUUCAAUUUUUUUUAUGUAUAUGUGUAAAACACGAGGGCUCUCUACGGCUGUUUUUAAUGUCUCUCUCUUCUCUGCUUCGUGGAGGAAAUUAUGCACCUCCAGUCUAACUCACACCAUAAUCCUUGAGCGAUAUUUAAUUUUUUCUUUUGUUUGUUUUCUUUUGGGGUUUUUUCUGUGAAGGCAUCAGGAAGAAGUCAUAGCCUGUUUGUGUUGGAAGCAGUGAGAGAGCAGGCAGCAUCAUGCGUUAUGUCUAUACACUCACACUCAUGUACACACAGCCAGGACUUUUUUUUAUUUCUAACUUACAUUCCAAAAAAAUAAAAAAACAAACUGCACAUCAUUCCAUUUUCCUGCGUCGCAGGCGCCUUUACAAACCAGUCCAACACAUUCAAACCUCUGUCUCCCUCGCUGAUAGUCUUACCUCUCAGUGAUUUGUGUCUGUAGGGUAUCCAACGCCACACUGUGCGAUUUAAAGCAGGACCAGGGAUAAAUGUGAGAGAUUGUGAAUGAUAAUUGUGUACAAAGUUGUCUAUCUUUGCUCGUACCAUCUCACGUGUUUAAGGGUGAUUCAAUGACAACAGAGUAGCUGUAUUGUUCAUCUAGGGAUAGUUCACAGGGCUGCAACGUUAUGGCUUAAAAUUUGAAAGCUUUACAAUAUUUAUAGGGAACAUUAUACAUGUAAUAAGUGUGUCAAUACACCAUCAUUUACUGUAGGAAUUAAUAUUGCAAUAUAAUAAACUGUGCAGCCCUGUUUUACCAGGAUUUGUGUUGGAAUAUUUGGGAUAUUUUUUACUGACAUUUCAAGUCUUAAUACAGUUUAUGGGCCCUUUUUUAAUUCAUUGUUUUGUUCACCAUAACUGUUCCCAUAACUGACAAAGCUCUCUCAUAAUAGUGAUUAUAAAAACCGCCACUAUUUUAAUUUAAUGAGAGUGUUUCAGUUCCAACAGAUGUCUCCUAAAAGUGGUUUUAAGGUUCUCGAUCAUCUGUACAAUAUAAGGAGUCUUCAGUGUUUUGAAACCAGAAGCCGGAAGGUUUUGCAUUGCCAGUGUGAGGCAUAAAGAAAACAUGCCAUAAUUGAUGUCUUUCUGGUAUGUCCUUGCUAUACCACAAAGACAUAAGGGACCUUUUGUGUUUGUGUUGCCAUGUCGUCCUGGCACCAAGCUGCUUUCCAGAAGCCUGCAAGUAUUUUAAGUUACACUGCCAUGAUAUACAGUUAAAUUUCCACUGCCUGUGAGUGAGUUUAUUUGUAUUGAAACAUGCAAAAAAAAAAAAAUGGAGAACCGGCUGACGGCUCAAAGUGAAUGUCAAUUGCUACACUUAAAGAUUCAUCAUUCCCAACUUUUUAGACGCUUAUUCUGGCUUCUACUCAUACUACUCUCUUGAGGUUAAAUGUUGGUGCCCUUUAUAUGUGCGGGGAGAUCUCACUUCCUGUCUUCGUGGUGUGAGAACGUGUUUGGGAGGAACAAGCUGAAUCUGAGCUGGUGCCUCAGGCUUUUGUUGUAGCUGUGUGUUUCUGUGGCUGAUGGAUGA